AUGUCUUCCUUUGCUGUGGUGAGAUUGAUGAUGUUAGCUAUGAGUGGUGUUUUCAUAUUGCAUUACAUGAGGCAUCGGCUCUGAAAUCAUGUAGCUACUAGGUGGCUGGCAUCAUUAGUAGUUAUUCCUGCCUUGCAGAGCAACAAGGUGGACAAAUCUGACAAGCCGGAGGUCAUGGACAACGUCAAAGUGGUUGUGCGAUGUCGCCCGCUAAACCAGAAGGAGAGGAGUAUGGGCCACAAGCAGGCCGUCAGUGUGGAUGAGAACCGAGGGACCAUAACCGUCAACAAACUAGACACCACCCACGAACCGCCCAAGACUUUCACAUUUGACACAGUGUUCGGACCAGACAGCAAACAGCUGGACGUUUACAAUCUGACAGCCCGCCCCAUCAUAGACUCAGUAUUAGAGGGUUACAAUGGUAAGUGGAGAGAGGAUUUGAAAUUAUCUGUCCAUUCACUGUUGCUGACUACACAAUUGCAUUUGAUCAAAUCAAGCUUUAUUUCUACAACACAUUUCAGACAUGCAAUGCAACUUGCUUUCCAGGAGAAAAAAAAACAAUGGAAACAAAAACUGAAAUAUUUACUACACAACAAACAAGAUAAAAAAACAAAAGAAUGACAAACAGAAUUACAAAAAAGCACCCAGAGGAAAAGCAAAGCUAAAAAUGUGUUUUAAGAUCUCUUUUAAAUAUGUACUCAGUUUCGGCCCCCCUCAGGUUCUUUGGCAGGCUAUUCCAGAGGCUGGGGGCAUAAUAACUAAAGGCUGCCUCUCCAUGCGUCUUGGUCCAUGCCUCUAGGCUUUGGGAUAGUUAAAAGGCCAGUGCCAGAGGACCUGAGGGACCUACUGGGUACAUAACUGAAAAGCAUGUCUGACAUGUAUUGGGGUGCACAAUUGUGGAUUGAACCAAUAGAAGAAUCUUAAACUCAAUUAUAAAACUCACAGGCAGCCAGUGCAGAGACCUUAAAACCGGUGUAAUGUGUGCUCUCCGUCUGGUCUUAGUCAGUACCAUGCUGUAGCAUUCUGUAUGUUUUGCAGUUGACCAAUGGCUUUCUUGGGUAGACCAAACAGGAGAGCAUUACAGUAGUCAAGCCUGCUUGUAAUAAAAGCAUGGAUGAGUCUCUCUGUAUCAGCCUGAGAGAGAAACGGCCGCACCUUGGCAAUGUUCCUCAGGUGGUAAAAAGCUGUUGACUGACACUGAGAGGCCUAUUAUCAGAUAGCUUUUGUGAAUUCCCUUUCAGCAUAGGCCCCAUAGUUUAUAAGUGGUAGCCUACAUUCAGAUUUAGUUAUGUGUGCUGUAAGAGUAUGUAUUCAGAUUAGGAGUUUUGCUGUUUCACCCACCAUUCAGGGGCGGUUUCCCGGACACAGAUUGAGCCUAGUAGAGAUUGACCAUUGAGUUUUUUAGUCCCAGGACUAGGCUGCCUGGGAAACCGCCUCUAAAUGUUUUAAUACUGAGCCUGUGUUUUCUCCAGGGACCAUCUUUGCAUACGGACAGACAGGGACAGGAAAGACGUUCACCAUGGAGGGGGUGAGGGCAGUACCAGAGCUCCGAGGAAUAAUCCCCAACUCCUUCGCUCAUGUGUUCGGACACAUCGCCAAAGCAGAGGGCGACACCCGGUAAGGACAUUAACACGAACAGGCAAAACAAUACAACAACACUGGUUCAUUGCCAGGCAAUUGUUUGAUGCAACAUGAUAAGACUGACUUAUUCCUUUCAACCCCUAGGGGAGCAAAAGGCCUCAAACAAACACUGGUUAAGACACUGGUUAAGACACUGGUUAAGACACUGGUUGGAGUCAAUGUAAACAGAAAACGCUUAGGCCUUCAAGAAAAAAGACAGGCACUGUUUUUGACAUGCUUGCUGCUCACAGUAUCUCAGUUUGAGGUUGAUUUUGAAAUAAACAUCUUUCCUCUUAUCCGCAGGUUCUUGGUUCGUGUCUCUUAUCUGGAGAUUUACAAUGAAGAAGUGAGGGAUCUGCUGGGGAAGGACCAGAUGCAGAGGCUGGAGGUUAGAGGAUGUUUCAUAUGAUAUGAUACGCUUCUCAGAAUAAACAUCCCGUUCAUUUAGCAAGAAGUAGCUGUACGAAGCAGCUGUAGAUAUGAAGAACAUUAUCCCAUUAAUAGAUUAACCAUAUAAACAAAACACUGGCGCUAGCUUCAUAGGUAGUAGCUUCUUGGUUUGAUUUGAUUUGAUGACCACAGUGACCAAACGAUAAAGAUGAGCAUGGUUGUUGGUCCCUAGAAGGACAGAACAUUACACAAUACUAGGGGACCAGAAAGGGAACUGAAGAUGAUUGCCUUAUCAUAACUCAUCUCCAUUGGUUUGUGUGACGGGCGGAUGCGGAGAUAAGAUCACAAUAACCAAAUCAAUAAUACAUCAAUGUUAUUGGUUCCUGAAAGGAGAGAACAGGACACAACACAUGAGGAUGGUCGGUGCACAAUUGGUCCAGCUUCGUCCAAGGCAGGGGAGGGUUUGGCCGGCUGGGAUGUCAUAAAUCAUCAGUUAAAUGGACAAUUCCUUCACAGGCUGCAAAUGUGAAACUUGUCGUUUCCUGUGUCACUGCUUCCAAUGCGAAAGCUUUUAGUCCACUUUGAUUCUAAAAGAAGAGACCUCUGCAGAAUUCACCAUGUCUGAACACUGUUCAAUUGGGCCAGACACCAGGAGACAAAUCAAAGUUGUUCUUAACGUGAAAGAAAAGUGAGAAUUUUGUGUAUUUUUACUUGUCUAUGAUGCUGUAAAUGGAUUAUUGUGAGGUUCUCUCGUAACAUGUUUCCACCACUUGUGGGUUUAACAUCCUCAGAAUUGAGCAUGCAUCAGUCCCAACAGCUGUGGUCCUUUGUAGCUCAGUUGGUAGAGCAUGGCGCUUGUAAAGCCAGGGUAGUGGGUUCGAUUCCCCCACCCAUAUGUAAAAUGUAUGCACGCACGACUGUAAGUCGCUUUGGAUAAAAGCGUCUGCUAAAUGGCAUAUUACACAUAUAUUACACAUGUGGGUUCGUUUCCCACGGGGGGCCAGUAUGAAAAAAACAAAAAACAUGUAUGCAUUCACUAACUAUAAGUCGCUCUGGAUAAGAGCGUCUGCUAAAUGACUAAAAUGUAGCUGUAAAUGUAUGGGAUGUUCUCUGUUAAGGGAACUAUAGACGAUUACCCUUCUCAUAAUUCAGUUCUUAGUUUUUAAUACAGGUGAGCAUGAUAACGUUGUUGGUUCCCAGGAGGGAAGAUAUUAAUGUAUAAGAGGAAUGAGAGAGUGUUGCCUGCUCCUAACUCGUGUCAUUGGUUUGUGUGACCGCCAGGUGAAGGAGAGGCCAGAUGUGGGCGUUUACAUCAAGGACCUGUCUGGUUAUGUGGUGAACAACGCUGAUGACAUGGACAGGAUUAUGACAAUGGGGCACAAGAACCGUAAAGAUUCACACAAAGCAUUUAUAAAAGUGUUCUAAGCAUUAUAAUUCAUGAUCAUACAGUAUAUACCAUUUGCCAGACCCCCUCACCAGAGGUUUAUAACCUCAAGGGUCUUUUCCUGAUUUAAAUAAAGGUUACAACACACUCAUGGAAGUUACUAUGACGUGUAACCAAGUUAUUGUAAGUGAACCAAGAAAAUGCAAUCUGAUGAGUUUUUUAUGUUUCUGAAUGUGUUCUUUCUUCCCACCCAGGCUCGGUUGGCUCCACCAACAUGAAUGAACACAGCUCUCGCUCUCAUGCCAUCUUCAGCAUCACCAUCGAGUGCAGUGAGAAGGCCGUGGAUGGAGACCAGCACGUGCGCAUGGGAAAACUCCACCUAGUGGAUUUGGCAGUAAGGAAGUCACAUGAACAUUUACUGUAAAAUAAAAUAAAAGAUAUCAUUUACCUCAACAGAUAAACAGAUGGAAUCUCCCAGAGAGAAAACUUGACGCUUUGAAGGAGUAAGCUAAUUAUUGGUAACUUGGUAUCUGUUUUUUGAGAUAUAAGAACCUAAUCUGUAUAGAUUACCUUCAUACAUUUCUCUGGCUAGGGUUUUCUUAGUCUGCAAUGGGAAUUAUAAUUUUAAUUCCAAUAUAGGAUUUUUAUGAACAUUGAGUCCAAUUAUCAAUUUUGAAAGGCCGCUAGGUGAGGUCAGUAAGGCCAGUUGUUGAGCGUGAUAUUAUCAGAUUCAACAUUUAUUGUGGAAUGGAAAUGUAUCUCUGGCUUUAUAAGGCAUGUGGCUCACACACAGCAAACAGACAGAAAACAGAAAAACACCAGUUAAUCUCUCGCUCUCACACUGUACUCUCUCUUUCUCCCCCCCCCCCCCCCCCCCAGGGUUCUGAGCGUCAGGGGAAGACUGGAGCGACUGGCCAGCGGCUGAAAGAGGCCACUAAGAUCAACCUGUCUCUGUCCACGCUGGGUAACGUAAUCUCAGCCCUGGUGGACGGGAAGAGCACCCACGUCCCCUACAGGAACUCCAAACUCACCCGCCUGCUGCAGGACUCACUGGGGGGAAACUCUAAGACCAUGAUGGUAACUAACAACACUUCCUGCUUAUACGCUAUGGGUACACUCAAAAUGGCUGCCAGUACUCCCAUUAUGGCAUCGUUGACUUGAUUGUGGCGGCCUGUCUACUCAUUCUGGUUGUGUGUUAGCACCCAAUCAGUAUCAAUGGUAGCAAUGACUCAUUAGUUUCCGGUUUUAAUGGCACAUGCACAACAAGGACAGUGAAAUGCCUUUCUUGUAAACUCAAAACCCAACAAUGCAGUAAUCAAUAGCAAUGUAAUACUAGAAUAAAACAGUAAGUAAGUAAGCAGACUAUAUACAGGGUCAGUUCCAAUACCAUAUUUACAAUGUGCAGGGAUACUGGAGUGAUGGAGGUAGAUAUGUAUACGGGUAAGGUGACUAGGCAACAGGAUAUAAGAUAAACAGAGUAGCAGCAGCUUGUAUGUGAGUGGGUGUGCGGUUGUGUAGAGUCAGUAUAAAUGUAUGUGCAUAUUAUGUGUGAGUGAGCAAAUGAUGAAGUAUUUGUGUGUGUGUUGGAGUGAGUGUGUGUGUAGGGCCCUGUGAGUGUGCAUAGAGACAGUGCAAAUAUUUAAAUUAAAAGGUCAAUAAAGACACAAGGUUAACUCAGUCUGUGUAGCUACACUGAACAAAAAUAUAAAACGCAACAUGUAAAGUGUUGGUCCCAUGUUUCAUGAGCUGAAAUAAAAGAUCCCAGAAAUGUUCCAUAUGCACAAAAAGCUUAUUUCUCUCCAAUUUUGUGCACAAAUUUGUUUACAUCCCUGUUAGUGAGCAUUUCUCCUUUGCCAAGAUAAUCCAUCCACCUGACAGGUGUGGCAUAUCAAGAAUCUGAUUAAACAGCAUGAUCAUUACACAGAUGCGCCUUGUGCUGGGGACAAUAAAAGGCCUCUAAAAUGUGCAGUUUUGUCACAACACAAUGCCACAGAUGUCUCAAGUUGAGGGGCGUGCAAUUUUUUACACCGGUCUAAUCGCCAUUGCUCGUGUUUCUUGGCCCAAGCAAGUCACUUCUUCUUAUUGGUGUCCUUUAGUAGUGGUUUCUUUGCAGCAAUUCGACCAUGAAGGCCUGAUUCACGCAGUCUCCUCUGAACAGUUGAUGUUGAGAUGUGUCUGUUACUUGAAACCUGUGAAGCAUUUAUUUGGGCUGCAAUUUCUGAGGCUGGUAACUUUAAUGAACUUAUCCUCUGCAGCGGAGGUAACUCUGGGUCUUCCUUUCCUGUGGCGGUCCUCAUGAUAGCCAGUUUAAUCAUAGCGCUUGAUGGUUUUUGCGAAGUUCUUGAAAUGUUCCGGAUUGACUGACCUUCAUGUCUUAAAGUAAUGAUGGACUGUCGUUUCUCUUUGCUUAUUUGAGCUGUUCUUGCCAUAAUAUGGACUUGGUCUUUUACCAAAUAGGGCUAUCGUCUGUAUACCACCCCUACCUUGUCACAACACAACUGAUUGGCUCAAACACAUUAAGGAAAUAAAUUCCACAAAUUAACUUUUAAGAAGUUACACCUGUUAAUUGAAAUUAAUUCCAGGGGACUACCUCAUUAAGCUGGUUGAGAGAAUGCCAAGAGUCAUCAAGGCAAAGGGUGGCUACUUUGAAGAAUCUGAAAUAUAUUUUGAUUUGUUUAACACUUUUUCUUCAAAAUAAACUUUUGACUGGUACUGUAUAUACAAAUAUUUAAUUUGUUAAUAUUAAGUCUGUUCUUUCAUAAAAAGGUCUGAUUUGGCUCUGUCAUCAUAUGUAUUGUAUUCUCAUAAACCUUUUCAACGGUCAGUGUGCGAACAUCGGCCCAGCGGACUAUAACUACGACGAGACCAUCAGCACGCUCCGUUACGCCAACCGGGCCAAGAACAUCAAGAACAAAGCCCGGAUCAAUGAGGACCCCAAGGAUGCCCUGCUACGGCAGUUCCAGAAGGAGAUUGAAGAGCUUAAGAAGAAACUCCAAGAAGGUUAGUUAGUGUUCCACUCUAUUAAUGCUGUCUUAGACUUUAAGGGCUGGUUUCCCAUGUUCCUAGUCAUAGACUGAAAAGCAUGCUUAGUGGAGAAUCGUUUUAGUCCAGGACUAGUCUUAAUCUAUUUCUAGUUAACCUUCGCUUAGGGUUUAAGGAGAGUAAGCCUUUGCUUAGGGUUUAAGGAGAGUUAACCUGCGCUUAGCGUUUAAGGAGAGUUACAGUGGCAUGCGACGGUAUUCACCCCUGAUUUGUACUUCUCCACAACUUUGUCCCUGACCUGUUUGGAGAGCUCCUUGGUCUUCAUGGUGCCGCUUGCUUGGUGGUGCCCCUUGCUUAGUGGUGUUGCAGACUCUGGGGUCUUUCAGAACAGGUGUAUAUAUAUACUGAGAUCAUGUGACAGAUCAUGUGACACUUAGAUUGCACGCAGGUGGACUUUAUUUAACUAAUUAUGUGACUUCUGGAGGUAAUUGGUUGCACCAGAUCUUAUUUAGGGGCUUCAUAGCAAAGGGGGUGAAUACAUAUGCACGCACCACUUUUCCGUUAUUUAUUUUUUAGAAUUUUUGAAAACAAGUUAUUUUUUAAAUUUCACUUCACCAAUUUGGACUAUUUUGUGUAUGUCCAUUACAUGAAAUCCAAAUAAUAAUCCAUUUAAAUUACAGGUUGUAAUGCAACAAAAUAGGAAAAACGCCAAGGGGGAUGAAUAAUAAAGGGUUUAAGGAAAGUUUGUAACUACAUUUUGUUGUGUUCUGCUGUUCCAGGGGAAGAGAUCUCAGGGUCGGAGGGCAGUGGAUCAGAGGAGAUGGAUGAAGGAGAUGACGAGGGAAGAGGAGGAAGGAAACGGAGAGGUAAGGGGACCCGUUCUUCCUGUCUCCCAACAGGAGUGUGUGAAUGGUACUUUGGCUCCUUAUGAAGGGCACUAGGUCUCUGUGAAGGGCACUAGGUCUCUGUGAAGGGCACUAGGCUUCUAUGAAGUGUACUGGGCUUUGGUCAAAAGGGAAUAGGAUGCUAUUUGGGAUGCAGUAGAGGACUGCUCCCCAGUCCCCAAGUCCCCCGAUGCUUUUUAAAAGUUAAUAUAUGAAGAAAAUAGGUUUCAGAGAAGAGUUGGGUUUGUUUCUGGCAACUCUGCUCCCAGCACUGCAGGAGAAAGAUUCACUCUUAAUACAACGGGGAAGAAACUGAUGCAUGACUUCUUGCACACAUACUCAUCUUAGUAAUUUGUUGUUGAUGCUAUCAUCAAAGGUUUGUCCGCCCACAUGGGAAUGAUUUGUCAGCCAGAUGUUAGACAUGAUUAUUAGUGCGGGCUUUUUUCCUUAUGACUAAAAUGAGUCUGCAUCCCCUUUCUAAAUAAUCACACUAAAAGUACCUAGAAGACGUGUAGAGACAGAGAGAGAGCAUGGCCUCUGUGUGUGUCUGGCAUAUUAAACACUAAACAGGUUUCGGUAGAGUCAGCUAGGAAGUCCCCCAAGGCGCAGUCACCUUGCCCUUUAGGCAAAAGGUGUACACAGCGACAGUGCCUUCAGAAAGUAUUCACACCCCUUGACUUAUUCCACAUUUUGUUCUGUUACAGCCUGAAUUAAAAAAUGAUUAAAUUGAUGUUUUUCUCUCACCCAUCUACACACAAUAUCCCAUAAUGACAGUGAAAAUAUGUUUUUAGAAAUUCUUGCAAAUGUAUUGAAAAUGAAAUACGUAAGUAUUCACACCCCUGAGUCAAUACAUGUCAGAAUCACCCUUGGCAGCGAUUACAGCUGUGAGUUCUGGGUAAGUCUCUUAAGAGCUUUCCACACCUGGAUUGUACAAUAUUUGCCCAUUAUUAUUUUCAAAAUUCUUCAAGCUCUGUCAAAUUCGAUCAUUGCUAGACAACCAUUUUCAGGUCUUGCCAUAGAUUUUCCAAGUAGAUUUAAGUCAAAACUGUAACUCGGCCACUCAGGAACAUUAACUGUCUUCUUGGUAAGCAACUCCAGUGUAUAUUUGGCCUUGUGUUUUAGGUUAUUGUCCUGCUGAAAGGUGAAUUAAUUUCCCAGUGUCUGGUGGAAAGCAGACAACCAGGUUUUUGUCUAGGAUUUUGCCAGUGCUUAGCUCCAUUCCGUUUCUUUUUUAUCCUGAAAAACUCCCCAAAACCUUAAUGAUUACAAGCGUAACAAUUACCAUAACAUGAUGUAGCCACCACUUUGCCUGAAAAUAUGGAGAGUGCUACUCAGUAAUAUGUUGAAAUGUUUGGGGAAAAUCCAAAACACGUUGUGUUCAGGACAAAAAGUGAAUUGCUUUGCCACAUUUUUGGCAGUAUUAUUUUACUGCGUUGUUACAAACAGGAUGCAUGUUUUGUAAUAUUUUUUAUUCUGUACAGGCUUUCUUUUCACUCUGUCAAAUAGGUUAGUAUUGUGGAGUCAAAUAGGUUAAUGUUGAUCCAUCCUCAGUUUUCUCCUAUCACAGCCAUUAAACUCUAACUGUUUUAAAGUCACCAUUGGCCUCAUGUUGAAAUCCCUGAGCAGUUUCCUUCCUCUCCGGCAACUGAGUUAGGAAGGACGCCUGUAUCUUUCUUGUGACUGGGUGUAUUGAUACACCAUCCAAAGUGUAACUAAUAACUUCACUAUGCUCAAAGGGAUAUUUAAUGUCUGCUUCGUUUAUUUUAACCCAUCUACCAAUAGGUGCCCUUCUUUGCGAGGCAUUGGAAACCUCCCUGGUCUUUGUGGUUGAAUCUGUGUUUGGAAUUCAUUGCUCGACUGAGCGACCUUACAGAUAAUUGCAUGUGUGGGCUACAGAGAUGAGGUAGUCAUUCAAAAAUCAUGUUAAACACUAUUAUUACACACAUAGUCCAUGCGACUUAGUUUAGGCUUGCCAUAACAAAGGGGUUGAAUACUUAUUGACUCAAGACAUUUCAGCUUUUCAUUUUUAAUUCAUUUGUAAACAUUUAGAAAAACAUAAUUCCACUUUGACAUUAUGGGGUAUUGUGUGUAGGUCAGUGACAACAAGAUCUAAAUAUAGACCACUUAAAAUUCAGGCUGUAACAACAAAAUGUGAAAAAAGUCAAGGGGUGUGAAUACUUUCUGAAGGCACUGUUCGCGUCAGAAUGAUCGGUCGCACACAAUCCUCAAAGUAUUACUGUAUUUAUUGGGACCUCCUGAUACUCUUUAAUACACUGCUAUAAUAGUAUAGCUAGUGCCUUGACAGUUUUUCUUGGUCAUGUGACCUGAUCAGGAAAAACUCUGGGCCCUGUGUAUAACCUUGUAGCCUUGGUGCUCUUUAAAUUAGAUGUUGGAUUCUAAUGGUGAUGCACUGUACAUUAUUGUGUGUGUGUGUGUGUGUGUGUGUGUGUGUGUGUGUGUGUGUGUGUGUGUGUUAGGGCUUGGCGAUAUGGCCUAAAAAUCAUCUUAAAAAAAAAAAAGUCUUAUUAUUAUGUGCGGUUCACGAUAUACACUGAGGACACCCGCUCUUUCCAUGAAAUAGACUGACCAGGUGAAUCCAGUUGAAAGCUAUGAUCCCUUAUUGAUGUCACUUGUUAAAUACAUUUCAAUCAGUGUAGAUAAAGGGGAGGAGACAGGUUAAAAGAAGGAUGUUAAAGCCUUGAGACAAUUGAGACAUGGAUUUUGUAUGUUGUCAUUCAGAGGGUGAAUGGGCAAGACAAAAGAUUGAAAGUGCCUUUGAACGGGGUAUGGUAGUAGGUGCCAGGCGCACCGGUUUAAGAACUGCAACGCUGCUGGGUUUUUCAUGUUCAACAGUUUCCCGUGUGUCUCAAGGAUGGUCCACCACCCAAAGGACAUCCAGCCAACUUGACACAACUGUGGGAAGCAUUGGAGUCAACAUGGGCCAGCAUCCCUGUGGAACGCUUUCGACACCUUGUAGAGAGUCCAUGCCCCGAUGAAUUGAUGCUGUUCUGAGGGUGGUGCUACUCAAUAUUGGAAGGUGUUCUUAAUGUUUUUUACACUCAGUGUAGUUUAACCUGCUUUUUUCCAAUAAUCACUGUCCUGGCUUGUCUGUCUAUGAAAAUGCCCUUUUGGUUACAGAUCUGGGUGCAGUUUGAGGAGUUGAAAGGUUAACUUCUCCUCUAUUACAGUAAAAUAAUGUCUCAAUGCGUUUUCGGUGUCCAUAUGACCGGUUCUGUUGGACCAAACCUAAAAUGCAAAUAGCGAGUUGAAACUGCUUGUUGUCAGAUAGGAGGAAGUGAUCUCUAGUCUUUGUUGUUGUGAGUGGGAGGGGCUUGGUGCACAGUGCACACAGCACUGAAGGAGACAAGACCAUAAAGCAGUGCAGUUUGAGGAGUUGAAAGGUAAAAUAAUGUCUCAAUGCCAAACUGGAGAUGUCGUUUUUUUUUUGCCUUGAUUAUUGCCAUACAGGCAUUUGGAACAUCGCACUAAAACAUACCUUUAAAUGAGUUUGAUAUAUCGCCCAUCCCUAGUGUGUGUGUGUGUGUGUACCUGUGUGUGUGUGUGUGUGUGUGCGUGCGUGCGUCCACUGUCCAUGUGCUGCUUAAUGUAGCUGGUUAUAUCAAGCGCUUAGGAUUGGCUUGUAGGCUGGUUGCUCUCCAGGUUUGUUGCUCUUUCUCUAUGACCCCAUCCACCCCAUCUCGCUCUCUCUGUGGUCGGCGUGUCCCUGGAGCCUCUCUCUCUUUCUCCUCUCUCCGUAUCCUGUCUCUCCCUCCCUCUCCCCAUCCUUCCAUCAGCCCCCCCUGUCCUCUCGCCAUCUCUGUCUGUGUUUGACGUGUCCCUGUUGAGUGUCUACUCUACUCUGUGUUGCAGGCGGUAGCUCCAGUAGCUCAGACUGCUCUGUAGCACCACAGACCACUGAGGAGAAACCCAAGGCUCAGACUAGUGAGUGGGAGCAGCUUGCUGUCUGCACUACCAACCCUACCACCCCUACCACCAAAUGCUAGUUAAUAUGGUCCAGGGACCGUAUUCACAAAGCGUCCCAGAGUUGGGAGUGCUGAUUAUAGGAUCUGUUUUGCCUUUUAGGCCUAUCAUAAUGAUGUUAUGGACAAGCGGACCUGAUCCUAGGUCAGCACUCUUACUCUAAGAAGCUUGAUAGGCCCAGGCCUACAUACUGGCUCUGAUCUGUAGGUGCUUUGGCUAACUCCUCAGAAUAUUGUUGACAGGCGUUGUCUAAAGCAUGUAUUCCUCAGGACCAGGCUAACCAACCAUCCCCUCCUAAUGUUAACCUGCCCUGCCUGCCUGCCCUGCCUGCCUGCCCUGCCAGUCCUAUAGAUAUAAGGUACACAGCCUUCCCCUGCCAGUCCUAUAGAUAUAAGGUACACAGCCUUCCCCUGCCAGUCCUAUAGAUAUAAGGUACACAGCCUUCCCCUGCCAGUCCUAUAGAUAUAAGGUACACAGCCUUCCCCUGCCAGUCCUAUAGAUAUAAGGUACACAGCCUUCCCCUGCCAGUCCUAUAGAUAUAAGGUACACAGCCUUCCCCUGCCAGUCCUAUAGAUAUAAGGUACACAGCCUUCCCCUGCCAGUCCUAUAGAUAUAAGGUACACAGCCUUCCCCUGCCAGUCCUAUAGAUAUAAGGUACACAGCCUUCCCCUGCCAGUCCUAUAGAUAUAAGGUACACAGUCCAAAUGCCCCUACAAACAGCAAUACAAACUGCUUUCUACAAUCUUCAUUGUGGGGGAUAGAGUUGAACCCAAGAAGGAGAAUGUCUCAGCGUACUGGGGGGAUAGAGUUGAACCCAAGAAGGAUGAUGUCUCAGCGUACUGGGGGGAUAGAGUUGAACCCAAGAAGGAUGAUGUCUCAGCUGACUGUGGGGAUAGAGUUGAACCCAAGAAGGAGGAUGUCUCAGCGUACUGGGGGGAUAGAGUUGAACCCAAGAAAGAUGAUGUCACAGCGUACUGGGGGGAUAGAGUUGAACCCAAGAAGGAGAAUGUCUCAGCGUACUGGGGGGAUAGAGUUGAACCCAAGGAGGAGAAUGUUUUAGCGUACUGGGGGGAUAGAGUUGAACCCAAGAAGGAUGAUGUCUCAGCGUACUGGGGGGAUAGAGUUGAACCCAAGAAGGAUGAUGUCUCAGCGUACUGGGGGGAUAGAGUUGAACCCAAGAAGGAUGAUGUCUCAGCGUACUGGGGGGAUAGAGUUGAACCCAAGAAGGAUGAUGUCUCAGCGUACUGGGGGGAUAGAGUUGAACACAAGAAGGAUGAUGUCUCAGCGUACUGGGGGGAUAGAGUUGAACCCAAGAAGGAUGAUGUCUCAGCGUACUGGGGGGAUAGAGUUGAACCCAAGAAGGAUGAUGUCUCAGCGUACUGGGGGGAUAGAGUUGAACCCAAGAAGGAUGAUGUCUCAGCGUACUGGGGGGAUAGAGUUGAACCCAAGAAGGAUGAUGUCUCAGCGUACUGGGGGGAUAGAGUUGAACCCAAGAAGGAUGAUGUCUCAGCGUACUGGGGGGAUAGAGUUGAACCCAAGAAGGAUGAUGUCUCAGUUGACUGGGGGGAUAGAGUUGAACCCAAGAAGGAUGAUGUCUCAGCGUACUGGGGGGAUAGAGUUGAACCCAAGAAGGAUGAUGUCUCAGUUGACUGGCGGGAUAGAGUUGAACCCAAGAAGGAGAAUGUCUCAGCGUACUGGGGGGAUAGAGUUGAACCCAAGAAGGAUGAUGUCUCAGCUGACUGGGGUUGAUAGAGUUAAACCCAAGAAGGAGAAUGUCUCAGCGUACUGUGGGGAUAGAGUUGAACCCAAGAAGGAGGAUGUCUCAGCGUACUGGGGGGAUAUAGUUGAACCCAAGAAGGAGAAUGUCUCAGUUGACUGGGGGGAUAGAGUUGAACCCAAGAAGGAUGAUGUCUCAGUUGACUGGGGGGAUAGAGUUGAACCCAAGAAGGAUGAUGUCUAAGCGUACUGGGGGGAUAGAGUUGAACCCAAGAAGGAUGAUGUCUCAGUUGACUGGCGGGAUAGAGUUGAACCCAAGAAGGAGAAUGUCUCAGCGUACUGGGGGGAUAGAGUUGAACCCAAGAAGGAGGAUGUCUCAGCGUACUGUGGGGAUAGAGUUGAACCCAAGAAGGAGGAUGUCUCAGCGUACUGGGGGGAUAUAGUUGAACCCAAGAAGGAGAAUGUCUCAGUUGACUGGGGGGAUAGAGUUGAACCCAAGAAGGAUGAUGUCUCAGUUGACUGGGGGGAUAGAGUUGAACCCAAGAAGGAUGAUGUCUCAGCGUACUGGGGGGAUAGAGUUGAACCCAAGAAGGAUGAUGUCUCAGCGUACUGGGGGGAUAGAGUUGAACCCAAGAAGGAUGAUGUCUCAGCGUACUGGGGGGAUAGAGUUGAACCCAAGAAGGAGAAUGUCUCAGCGUACUGUGGGGAUAGAGUUGAACCCAAGAAGGAGGAUGUCUCAGCGUACUGGGGGGAUAGAGUUGAACCCAAGAAGGAUGAUGUCUCAGCGUACUGGGGUUGA